ACACUCAUGCUAGGCAUUGCUUCAUCUGACCAGGAAGACUUCUUAAACACCGGAGACCAGUGAGCGCCUUUAAACCCGCGGCAGACACCUGUGAGGUGACAAGAGGAAUUCUCCGUGCGCUCCGUGAUUACGGUAAAGAAGCCGCUGGUUGGCCCCGCCCUCUCUGGUAGAAAACUCGGUGAUGUCGAUUCGUCUUUAACGAGCUUGACCCAGAACCCGGGGAAGGAGGGGAAAAGAGGGCAGAAAACACUAAAAAAAAAAACACACGGAAUAGCCUGGGAGUAGCCGGGUUACGUCUUUUCAACAGCAGUGCAUUCCUUCUUGUUUCUGGGCUCGGUGGUUCUUUGACCCCUCUACACAUGAGCAACUAGAGCGUCACCUCUGACUUUGGCGUGAUCUCUCACCUCUUCUACCAAACCGCGCCCCCAGGUGAAGUGUGUAUGGAGCAGUGUGAGAGCGCAGCAGCUCUGCUGGAGUCGGUCAGGGAGCAGGAGGUGCAGUUUGAACAGCUGACCCGGGCGCUGGAGGAGGAGAGGAGGAGAGUGGGACUUCCCGCCACCAGCCCCUCGGCCCUGGGUCGCCCCCUCCCUCACACGCAGAACGGGCGUUUAGGUGAUGCGGACAUAGAGCGACUGAAACUGACUGACUCGUACAUAAACGGCACACAGUACAGGAUGGUGGACCCAGCGCACGGUGCUCUAGAUGAGAGCUACACACCGGAGGACGACUCCCAGGAAGUACACUCUGUCUUUUCAGAGGAGGGAACUACACGACGGAUGGACAAUGGGAUGAAGAAGCCAAUCUCACGCACAGUCCUCCCCUCUGACCCGAUGUCCAUUGACGGGGGCUUGACGGUGCCCGGCAUGGGCGUGUACAGCGCCACCCUGGAUCGUCCUUACAGGCAGGUCGGAGGAGGAGGAGACUACCCCACUGCUACAGUACCCAGAAACUACCACUACGGCCCCGUAGGGGGAUACGAUGACUACCGGGCGGGUCCGCCAUCGGAGGCAUACACUAGUCUGAGCAGAGGCUCGCACAUGGAUGAUCGCUACAGGCCAGUCGACGGCUACCGAACUCUGGACUCGGGCUACCGGGCUCCGAGCCGCCAGCAGCUCGAUCCGUACGCGGCGCAGCCCCAGGUGAGCCGUGGAAUGAGGGCCUUGGGCUCGGCGCUGGAGAUGCGUUACGGCCACGGCCACUUCGGUUUGGAGGACGACCAGCGCAGUGUGGGAUAUGACGACUACGGCAUGGGGCCUCCACCCAUGCAUCCCGGAGGAUACGGCACCAUGCCGCGCUUGGGGCCGGGCCCCGGGGGCAUCGACAGACGAAGACUCAGGAGCUGUGAGGAUACUUUGGAUGGGGACAUGGGCGGAUUUGACCCUUAUGUUUUGGCCGUUCCCAUGCCGAUGGAGAGGGGCAGCAUGGCUUCGCUGGAGAGCACGUUGAGAAAAGCUCCUCCGGCUUCAUGGAGACAACCAGAACUACCGGAGGUGAUCGCCAUGUUGAGCUACCGCCUGGAUCCCGUCAAGACCAACGCCGCUGCUUUCCUCCAGCAUCUCACAUUCAAGAAUGAUAAGGUUAAGUCAGAAGUGCGUCGCCUGAAGGGCAUCCCGUCCCUGGUGUCACUGCUGGACCACCCCAUCAAGGAGGUGCACCACUCGGCCUGUGGAGCCCUGAAGAACAUUUCAUACGGACGUGACCAAGACAACAAGAUCGCCAUCAAGAACUGUGACGGCGUUCCUGCUCUGGUCAGGUUACUGAGGAAAACUCAUGACCAGGACCUGACUGACACCAUCACGGGCACCUUGUGGAACCUCUCGUCCCACGACUCAGUGAAGAUGGAAAUCGUGGACCACGCCCUACACGCCCUGGCCGACGAGGUGAUCGUUCCACACUCGGGCUGGGAGCGAGGGAGCAGCGGAGGAGAAGAAAGCUGCAAACCACGCCAUCUGGAGUGGGAGACCGCCUUGACCAACACUGCUGGCUGCCUUAGGAAUGUGAGUUCGGAACGCAGCGAGGCCCGGAGAAAGCUGAGGGAGUGCACAGGACUGGUGGAUUCGCUCAUGUACAUCGUCCAGUCGCAGAUCAACCGCAAAGAUGUGGACAAUAAGCUGGUGGAGAACUGCGUCUGCCUCCUGAGGAAUCUGUCCUAUCAGGUUCACCGUGAAGUCCCCGGCUGCGAACGCUACGCGGAGGCCCAGCCCGUCAACCAGGGCCCGGCCCCGGCCAACAAAGGUGGCUGCUUUGGCUCUCGAAAGGGUAAAGAUGAGUGGUUUUCCAAAGCAAAGAAGGACGGGGAUUAUGGGAGUGCAGAUCAGAUUGAUAUUCCAAAGAGGACAACGCCAGCCAAAGGUUACGAGCUGUUGUUCCAGCCAGAGGUGGUCCGUAUUUACACAUCAUUGCUCAAAGAGACCAAGAACCCUUCGGUUCUCGAGGCUGCUGCCGGCGCCAUUCAGAACCUGUGUGCUGGCCGAUGGACUUACGGCCGGUACAUCAGGGCCACUGUGCGUCGGGAGAACGGUCUUCCUAUGGUAGCAGAACUGCUGGGUCACGGCAAUGACCGCGUGGUCAGGGCCAUGUCUGGAGCUCUGAGGAACCUCGCUAUCGACAACCGGAACUGUGAACUGCUUGGUACACAUGCAGUGCCUCACCUCGUGUCCAACCUGCCCGGAGGCCAGAGUCAGUCUGGACGCACUCUAUCGGAGGAGACGGUGGUAUCUGUACUGAGCACGCUCGCUGAGGUGCUUGGCAAUAGUUUGGAGGCAGCGAAGGCCCUCAGAGUCUCACAAGGCAUCGAGAGACUGGUGCUCAUCACCAAGGACGGCAAACGUUCUGACCGUGAGGUGCGAGGGGCCGGACAGGUGCUGCAGCUCGUCUGGGCUCACAAGGAGCUGCGUCGCACCCUGGAGAAGGACGGCUGGAAGAAGACGGACUUCGCGGUCAACCUCAACUCCAACAGCAGCACCAGCAACGGCCCGAGCACCCGCGCCAACGGCACCUACGAAGACAGCACCACACCCUUACUGGACAGAGGGGAGAAGAGGGACAUGAUUCCACUAAAUGACCUUGGCCCUGAAGGCUACUCUACACUGGACCAGAGAGAGAGGAGACACACUCUGGACGAGACCACAGACACUUUACCGCGAGGGGUGUAUGGGGGCAGAAAGGGCUCCCUGCCUCUGUUGGACUCCUACGAUGGUUAGGCCUCCCCCCUCUCCUCUACCCCCCUCUGCAUGUAACAGCAUGAAAAACUGAUAGUAUGCAUCACCCAGACGGGGCCGGCUCUGCCCUACCACUGCUACUGAAGAGAGAAGACCCAGACUCUCUCCCCUCUCUCCCCUCUCUCUCUCUCUCUCUCGCUACCACCACACCGAUGGGAUCAAAAGAUGAGGGCUGGCAUCCAAAGAAAGUGGCCGUGUUGCAAGCGAAAGGUUUCAUGCAGCACACGCACGUACAGAAACACACACACACACACACACAUCCCUACUUUUUUAUGAAUACAUUCAACCGUAGCAGCAGAACUAUAUUCCGUUCAUAAAUUAUAAUUAUUCUGUAAAGGCAAUCACCUUUGUUGACAAUCAUUUAAUUCUGGUGUUGUCAUCCUGCUUGUAUUAUCUUAUUUUAUUUUUGUCUUCUUGCUUUUGUCAACAGUUUUUGGUAAAUUUUGUCACAUGUUGCUGCCAACACCCGCAUCCUAAUUUGUAUUUAGACUUCUGUGUAGGUUAUAUACUGUAUAUAAAAAGAAAAUGGGACGGCUGCAUUAGUUUUGGCUCAUUAAUUUAAAUUAAAGUGGGAUCGCUGGGAGGUUUGAGACACACCGACAGACAGCCCUGUAGAUGGAGAAUGUUGUUUAUAUAGGAGUUAUUUACCUGUCUAGAGUUAUUUUCUCUCGGUUGGGAUGAGCACAGGUGCAGACAAGAAAGGGCAGGUGUGUGUAUAUUUGUCAAGCGGUAAACCUGUGGCCACGCGUGUGUGAGUGAGUGCAGAAAACGAAUAUGGACCUUUUUGGAGCGAGUGUGUUUUUGUGUGCGUUUGUACCCAUAAGAAACCACAUGUCGAUUAUUCCACUGGACGCAUCCGGUCCUGUUUUCAUUGUGUGCCCCUUUUCCUGAGACAAAGCAUUUUUUUUUUCUUAGUUUUUGUGUUCUGACUGCCUCUUUUUGUGUUACAUACUUAAACUCGACAAUUUCAGCUGCUUUUUUUUUUUUUUUUUGACAUUUCUCGCCUGGAUUUAGCCGACUCUGAUCACACGGCGCCACAAAACCGGUGCAGAGAUGUGAAUCUAGCUUUGAACAAACACUACUAAACCACUAAAAAUGUGUCGACGUCGGGCUUCAGAAACGCACUACAGACACAAGUUUUUCAUCAAGGGACUCUUUGGAAUAAUAUUGUGCUUUUUAAGGCUGGAUUUUCCAAAAGAAAAUAGCUUUAUAGCGUUCAACAUGCACGUUUAGGUUCAUUUUGUACAUUAUAACAUUUACAUUUGGGAGGCUUCUUCACUCAGAGGAGACUCGAGUUUAAACCAGCAGAUUGAUAUACUGACGUUUAAACUGGGAGCUGGACAGGAAGCACAUUUUGGUCAGUGAUCCAACUGUUACCAUUUUUAUUUUUUUUGUUGUUGUACUUUCUUCCCUUUGUGUUUGUUUGUACUUCAUUUGGGGGGUUUGAAUGUGAGGGAGAGGUGGUUGAGAGAAUUAUGCAAUUUGUUCUUAUUUUUAAUCACACUUUUACAGUUGAGUUGUUUUUAAAGGCAAAAGAGACCAAUCAUCUUUGUUUCUGUUGUGUUUCUUUUCUUUCUUUUUUUUUUUUUUUUUUUUUUUACUUUCACACACAUAGUAUAUUUGUACUGUUGCCUAUCCAUGUAAAAUUAUGCUGUACCAUUCAUACCUGCCUUGGCUCUGAGAAGUUGCUUUUUCAGUGACGUAUGUAACUGGUAAUACUGUUGUUUUUAUAAAUAAAGAUCUUUUCUUAGAUGAGA